AGCGGCAGCAGGGCGGCAGCCCACCCUUGCGGGGCGGCAGCCCACCCCUGGCCCCGAGGAGACACCGGGGUGCCGCCGCCGCGUCACCUGACGCCGCCGCCGGCCGCCAUUUUGUCUGGGAGUGGAAACGUCUUCGGCGAGGCGGGCGUGUGGUGGCGGCGGCGGCGGCGCGGCUCGGGGGCGGCUGCUCUCCAGUCCCUCCUCCUCUCCUCCCCCUCCCGCGGCCCACCGCAGCGCGAGCUCCCGAGUCCUGGCGGGUGGGCCUCCCCCGUCCUCUCCUCCUCCUCCUCCCCGCGCUCGGCCUCCCCCGGCCCGCCUGUAGCCGGCGGCGGGCGGCGCUCCUCUGAGGGCGGGCCGGGCCGGCGGGGCUGGGCUGGGCUUCGGCGGGGCGGCGUCCGGCGUCCCUCCUCCUCCCCCCCCUUCCUGCUCCUCCUCCGGGGCCGCUUGAGCUGCUGCUUCGGGGCAGCAUUCCUCUCCCUCCUCUCCUGCCUCCCGAGGAAGCCGGGCUGGGAAGCAGCGCCCCGCCGCCGCCGCCGCCUGCCGCCUCCUCCUCGCCAUGUCGGGCCAGUCCAUCACCGACCGGAUCGCGGCGGCGCAGCACAGUGUCACCGGCUCGGCCAUCGCCAAAGCCGUCUGCAAGGCCACGACCCACGAAGUCAUGGGCCCCAAGAAGAAGCACCUCGACUAUCUAAUUCAAUGCACGAACGAGAUGAAUGUGAAUAUCCCGCAGCUGGCAGACACACUUUUUGAGCGGACGGUGAACAGUAGUUGGGUAGUAGUGUUCAAAGCUCUAAUUACAACGCACCACCUCAUGAUGUACGGAAAUGAGCGCUUUAUCCAAUACUUAGCAUCUCGAAACACACUGUUUAAUCUAAACAACUAUCUGGAUAAAAGUGCGAUGCAGGGCUAUGAUAUGUCUACCUUCAUCAGACGAUACAGCAGAUACUUGAAUGAAAAAGCACUUUCUUACAGACUUGUAGCAGUUGAUUUCACCAAAAUGAAAAGAGGAAUUGAUGGUGUGAUGAGAACAAUGAAUACUGAAAAACUUUUGAAAACUCUUCCAAUUAUUCAGAAUCAACUUGAUGCACUUCUCGACUUUGAUGCAAACCCAAAUGAACUAACGAAUGGUGUAAUAAACGCUGCCUUCAUGCUCCUCUUUAAAGAUUCCAUUAGGCUUUUUGCAGCCUAUAAUGAGGGGAUUAUUAACCUGUUAGAAAAAUAUUUUGAUAUGAAGAAGAACCAGUGCAAAGAAGGUCUGGAUAUUUACAAAAAGUUCUUAGCCAGAAUGACCAAAUUGUCAGAAUUCCUCAAAGUGGCAGAGCAAGUUGGAAUUGAUCAGGGUGACAUUCCAGAUCUUACUCAGGCUCCCAGCAGUCUCCUUGAAGCAUUAGAGCAACACCUGGCUUCUCUGGAAGGAAAGAAGACAAAAGAGUUUUCGGCUGCAAGCAGAGCAAGCACACUGUCGAGUGCGGUUUCUACACUUGCCAACACAGGAAUGUCCUUCAGUAAAAUGGAUGAAAGAGAGAAACAGCAAGCGUUGGAGGAGGAGCAAGCUAGGUUGCAAGCACUGAAGGAACAGCGAUUGAGAGAGAUUUCUGUGGUGUCAAAUUCUACUUCUACGUGUGUCUCUCCAAGCACUUUAUCAGGGAAGAGCGUGAAUACGAAUGCUGCUGUAGAUCUUUUUGCCACCCCUGCACCAACCACCAACAGCAUGCCCAACCUUUCUACUGAUCUCUUUGAUCUCCAACCUGCGUUCGUUCCAACUGUACAGAGCACUCCAGCCAUAGCGACUUCAGCAAGCAGUGCCUGGGGAGGACCUUUCUCAUCCACAAAUGGUUGUGUUGGGUCUCCGCCCCACCUGGACCUCUUUGAUAUGAAGCCGGUUGAAGAAGCUGUUAAAAGCACCACCCCUUUUGCGGCAUCCACCUUUACCUCCAAACAAACAGUGGAACUGUUUAGUGGAUAUCCUGUUCAUCCAGCAUCCCAGAAAACAGCCUCUUCACCAAUCAGUGUGGAUUUUGAUGCUGUGUUUGGAGGAAAGUCAGCGGCACACGAGUUUAAAAUGGCAGCGGAUGAUGUGCUACAGCCAACAUUACCAGCACAGAAUCAAAGAGGAGCUUUAAUUGGUCAGCAAAGUGGAAAGAUUUUGGCCAAUGACCUUGAUUCUUCACUUGCUAACCUAGUCGGAAAUCUUGGCUUUGGAGGGACACCGUCCAAAAAGUCUGACAUGCAGUGGAAUCAGCCUACAGAGAAGAAACUUACUGGUGGAACCAAUUGGCAAGCAAAAACUAGCACUUCAACCACUUGGAAUCGUGUCCCUAUUCCUUCUGCUCCACAGAUGAAUGGAGUACCUUAUGCUGCAUAUGUAUCUGCUCCAGUGACCUACCCAGUGAAUACACCUCAAGUGCCUGUGUAUGGAAUGGUACCUAGUCAGAUUGGAGCUGCUCCUGUUAUGACACCUCAGCCUAUGAUUUAUACCCAGACGAGCCUAAGGCCAAGAAAUCCCUUUGCGCCGAUCUCUGGAACACAGAUACAGUUUAUGUAGCACCGCCAAAGCAACAAGACACGUUGACAACCAAAUAUGGGUAGAAAGAAGAUGGAACUUUGAACUGUGGUCUUCACCAGGGCACAUACCUGCUCCCCGUACAAUAUAGAUGACUUUGAAUUGCUGUGCUUUAGAGAUUUUUGUUAUAACAGUCACUAUGGUAUGAAAUCAUGUUUGGUUUUAGUCUGGGUGAGACUGUUUUCAGGGGAAAACUGAAGUAUUCUAAAGCUGAAGGUCAGCAAAGUGUAAAAUCCCGACUUUCCCUUAUUGAAAAGAGCUUGCUUAGAAUUCCUUUGCAGCAUUUCCAUCCAGCAGAUAGCCUCUAGUAAGCCAAUGGAGGGCAUAAUACUUCUAUUUAUUUUUUCCUUGUUCUCUGUGGCUGUUGGAAUCAUGGCACCACUCGAAAUGAAGUUGAGCAAUAAAUCUUUCAGAUACUCUUUUUUUUUUAAAAGUACCUGAUGACAAUAAGUACUCUGAUGAGAAUCGAUCUUGCAUUAUCCAUAAUGCCGCAUCCCUGCCCGCCCCCAUGCGAGACGAGCUUCUUCGAAUUCACAAACUUCAUACUGUGAGUUUUUUUAAAAUGCUGUGAAUCAACUAAACGUAGGCUCUUAACCGAGAACGAGUCGAUGGACAUGACAGCCGAGUGUGGCAUUGCCCCGUGGUAGAGCCUUUCUUUGGCAGAGCCCCUAAUCUGCGGGAAACGAGUACGUUCAGAGUCUUGCGUAUGGCAGCGGCCCCCUGCGUGGCGAGGGUGGCAAUUCCUUAAACAGCCUCUUCGGCAUAGGCAGCCGUGUUCCUGGUUCUAACCAGAGUUGGCUUCAUGUCCCAGAAACAAGACCCCAGCAGCCGUGAGUCUGGGAAACCUGUGGCGAGGUGCCAGCAUUUUCUUUCUCAGCCAUUCUCCAGUUACAGAGCUGCACUUUAAGAACUGGAAAAGGUAUCUCUGAACUCCUCCAUCCAUUGUGCACACAUGACGCGUGUGUGUGUAGUCCUUGUUGAUGGGUGAAGGAGCGAAAGGGGUAAAAAAAAAAAAAAAAGAGUCCAGUCACUACAUAAAAAGGAAGUUUGGGGGAGGGGGGUGUAAAUAUUUGUAAACCUUUUAAGUACAAGACUUCUCCAGUGCUACGGAAUCUCCCCCCCCCCCUUUUUUAACACAUUCAAGAUGCUAAUAUUGUACUGCUUUAAGAAAUGUAGCUCAAAUUUCUUUUGUAUUGAAAAGUUCAGACUAUUCUCCUUGAAGGUACAUGGAAUUUUAUUGAGUGUAGGAGAAGACGAUGCGUGAAAAUGCAGCCUGAUGGUCCAUGAUUUUCAACUACCCCAAAUAACAAAAGCAUUAAUUUGACAUUUGGAGUUCGGGGCAUGUUUGAGGGGAGAAUGAAAGAACAUAGAAGAGUUUUAAACAUUUUUCUGAAGAACAGUCCUGAGUCAAACAAAAACCAAUUUCCCCCCUUUAUUAUUUCAGUGUAAUACUAAUUUUCUUGGACUGAGCCCAUUUCAGUAGCAAUAAAAGCAAAAAAAAAAGGGUGGGGGUUAAAUAUUGGUGCCAAAUAUUGGUGCCAAAGCUUUCUUUCAUAAAGUUUGCCCCUGUUUGUCCUAAAAACCUUUCGAAAUGCAGCACUUUGAGCUCUAUCUUCUGAGUGUUUGCCAAGUUGCCACCCCUUUGGAAAAGGGGGGUUUACAGCAGAGGAAAAAAAGUACUUUUGUGGAUCUGGCUGUGUCAAAUUCUAGAAAACCAUUCUUUUCUCUGUGUCUUUUGUGUUUGUUAAUCUUGUGCCAAGAAUGCAAAAAAAAAAAAAAGAAGAAAAUGCUUGCUUCAAAAAGAAUAUACUUGUUUUGUCAAACUAAACAUGACUUUUUAAAAAAAAGAAUCAUUUUUUACAUAUGUGUUUGGAAUUUGUAACCACUAACUUUGUAUGGAUUUAAAUGUUGCAAGUAGGGGAAAGAAAAUGUUUUAGACCAAAAUUUUGGACGUGUACUGGCAAAGACGUAAACUGGAUGCAUGUACAGUAAUUAAAUGUGGAAAGUGGCAGAAUUUUAAAGGGCUUUUUGGCUUUAAUGUAUUCUCCAGGUUUGUUCAAAACCAAUAUUUAUUGUGGCCCUAUAGACGCUGGAGCAGUUGACCUAUGGGCUUUGUUGUAGUGGACAUUCUAGUGAGAUAAUUCAACUAAUCCUCAUUGAGGAUUAUAUAAUCUUGCUUCAAUCCAGUUUAGACCAGUACAUGUGUUAAAUGACAUGCAUUUUAUAGCAACUAAUCUUUGUUCUCGGAGCGUGUGACCCUUGUAAAGUUUGGGACUGUGAAAGAAGCAGAAGCUUUUUUUUCCCCCAAUUUUUUUUUUUUUUACCCCCAGAGAUUUUCUAAUUACUUUUAAUUUAUUCUGUCUACUGGCUGCAAUCUUACAGCAGAGAACUGCAUGCAACGUGAUACUUUGGAGAAAGGGCAACUUUGACUCCUUGGUUGGAAAUAUUUUUUAAAAAUUUUUAUAUGCUUCAUCAAUAUUAUAUAUGUUUCAGUGAUAUGAUUUGAUUUAAAAUUGGACCUAAAGCAGCAUAAAACACUGCAACAUAGUAAUGCAUAAACCCCAAACCCUUUCCUCUUGUUAAUAUGUAAUAUAAUCCAUAAAGGCAGAUCAUGUUUCAGCAUCAUUCUUUAGCUUAUUCUUAUCUUCUCACUAGUCAUGCACACACUUCUGGAGAGUUUGUAUCUUUCAGUGCCUGCGAUUUUUGCAAUCUCUUGUGCUCCCAUCGUGAACUGUAGGCUCUUUCAUGCCGCACAGGUAAGGUGUGCCCCCUGCUUUCCACACCUUUCAGUAAUUUGCAUUAGGAGAUCAGAGCAAAGGAUGUCAAAUGAUCUUGGACUGCAACUCCCAUCAUCCCCUGCCGCAGUAGCUGGGGCCAUUUUGACAGGGGAUUAUAGGAAUUGUAGUGCAACGUCAUCGGGGGAACCCAAGUUUGAGAGCCCCUGAGAUAGUCAUCAGGAUGUCCCAAGGACCCUAUUAAUAAUAUUAUUCUUAACCAGUAAUCAGUUGAGAGCAUUUUGAGAACAGCUGCUGGAUUGGUGUGAUCUUGUUGGUGUUUCUCAUUGCAUUCUGCCUUUUAACCAUCCUAAAUUUGUGGCUUCUGUGUUUAUCAAUCCAUCAUAUAACCCAGGAAUUUGGAUUUCGUAACGUAAAAUGAUUUCUAAGCAAUAAAUAAUACUGGGAUUGUUCAAUGGAGCAGUGGCACCUGCUCCAAAGGUCUUUUUUAAAUAGGUAUAUAUAUCCACUGUAAAUAUUAGCCUUGAUACUUCUGAGGCAAAGACUAAACAUUUAAGUGACAUUAAACAAUCUUGCUAGUUUAGGAAGCAGUGGGAGGGUCCUCGGCAUCACAGCCAGGCACUGGAUACCAGGACUCUGCUGCCUACUGGGCUCAACCCUUUCACCUCACAUUUGGGCAGGCACAAAAGAGGAAUCCUAGUAGCAGGAGAGAGGGCAUGCACAGACCUCUUGCCUGUGGGCUUCUCAGAGGCAUCUGGUGGGCCACUGUGGGAAACAGGAUGCUGGACUAGAUGUACUGCCGUGGGCCUGAUCCAGCAGGUUUGCUCUUAGGAGAACAGCGCCUGUGGAAAUGAGGUUAGGGCAGGGCAACGUCCUGCAGGGGCUGGUAGCGCUUGACACCCUGUGUUUCCUGAAGGGGUUGCAUCAGCCGGGUAGUGAGCCUGCUCACUCCCAUUGAUCGCUGGAGCUGGGCCUACCUGGCCUCUUUAGACGGGGGUGUCACCGGCAGUCCCUUGCUAAAAGAUUGCAAGCCACUGUUUAGAGUUGACCUAGCAGGUAGAUGGUAGUCCACUGUUAACUUCCAUUGGAAGUGCGUUCGGAGUGGCUUGUGGCUGGAAUGACCCGUGUCUUUUUCUUGCCAGAAACGAUGAAAGUACAGGUGGGCUGUACUAUUUUUCAACUUCCAGUUGGCUAAAGGUUGUUUACAGUGAUAUUAGUGGUGUUAUAAUUGAACUGUCUGGAGAUGUUAGAUUAUAUGUAUCUAAUGGUAAAGGGGUGGAGGGAGCCAAUAAGGUAUACAUCAUACAUACUUGACUUUUGCCCCCUUAUUUGCUGUAUAUUAACAGUUGAAACUAUGCCCUUGUUCAUGGGGGUGGAGAGAUGCUGCCCAUCCUUCCUGCCCAUGCCUUCUUAGAGGUGUUGACUCUGGUCGGCUCCAUCCUUGGGAGCAUCUUGGAAGGAGUACAAUGCUUCACUUUCUUGCUUUGUUAAUGUAGCGUUCUGUCCAUUAACAAUUUGACUACAGAUAUGUACUUAUGAUCCUGAGCUGUUGGCCAGUGGGGUGAUGUGAUUUUUCUUGGCCCAUAGAGCCUAAGGCCAGUGCUGGAAUUAUAAAGACAUCCCAUUGUCCUUCAUAAAAAAACCAUUUUGGCUGCCAUUUUAAAGAAAAAUUGAGCCAGCAUUACCUAGACUUGCAUGGAUUUAGACCUGUUGUUUCCAGCGGGUCUACAUCUUAAAUGGGCACGCAUGUGUUUAGUUGGGUUGCAGACCCAAUUUUGCUGUUUUUUAAUAGUUCUUCAUAAUUGGGUUAGCAGAGCAGGGCCGUGAUUCCAUAAAUAUUCAGAAAUAAUGUUUGCGAAGGGAGAGCACACAAAUGCAUAAGGAGAUGUCUGUGUCCACACCAAUUCCUACAUUCACCCUUAAGAAGUAGAAAUUUGAGAUUAUUUAUUUAAAAGUAAUUAUAACCAAAAAACCAGUUACUGAAAUGCCUGAAUGCUCCAUAAAGCAGAGAUGGUUCGAUUAUAACUUGCAUGCCUUAUUGCUUUCUUAAACAAGAUGAAAGGGGCAAUAACUUCAGCAUGUGCAUCAGUGGCUUGUGAGAUUCCAACUUAGGGGAGAGACGCUCUUGUUCCCCAAGUGCUCUCUUAAGGAACAAACUGGAUGUGGUGGUGGCGGCGGCAGCCAUGUUGGUUGCUCAUGUGUCUUUCCCAUUCACGUAUUCACCUUGCCUGAAAAGGGUUGUGUGGAUGAGGAGAGUCAAAUGGUUCCUGGCCUUACCUCCUUACGUCUAUUGCCCAAAAUAGACCUCCUUACGUCUAUUGCCCAAAAUUUGUUUGUUCUGGCCCUGCUCCCACACUGAAAAUGACCUAGCUUGGAAGAAAGGUGUUUCAGGAGGUACAGUGGGGAAGGGUUCUGUUCCCCUCACCUGUGUGCCCUUUUUGAUACUAAAAUUGGACCCCACCUUGCUUUAUAUAUGAUACAUGACUCAACAAACAUGGCUGACAUCUAGUUUGACCCUAAAAAUUGAAAUCUAGUGUGAUGAUGAAAUUAAUGAGUAAUAUGUCAUAUUUGAAACAUCUCUUCUAAGUAAAUUACUUUUUCAACAUUUCACUUUUAAAAAAUUAAAAUAGAGAUGUUUUAGUUCUCUGCAUAUGGUAAGAAUGUGUAGAGUUUCUUUUUAACAGGCGAGUAUACUUUUUAAUUUGUAAAAUGUUUUCUUCUACUUAUAAAAUUGAAAGACAGGGUGUAUCCAGUCCUCGGGGUUGGUUUUUUUUUUUUGGUGUGUGGUAGUGAAAAGUUGGUUACAAAUUUAGAGUAGACUGCGCUGUGGAUCAGUGCUUUAUUUGUACAUAAAAGGGAAAACCUUUUUUUCUUUUUCUUCUUAAGAAACUUGUGUUUUGAGGACAACAUCGCAAUGCACUGUGUAUUGGUCCUUGAUUUCCAUUUCAAAGAUUAUAUUUUUGAGUAAUGGAAACUGUACAUGUUAUUGCUACAGUAACUGGAAAUUACUUAGAAACAGAAACGUUGCUCUUGACCCUGAAGAGGUCAUCUAACUCUUUGACCGUCGUGUACUGCUUAAGUAUGUAUUGUGUAACACAUCCCUCACACCCUAAUAGCUGUCUUAUAUGCAUUUUUAAAAAGAUUGUAAUCACGAAUGCAGUCUCUCUUCUCUUCCUACCAAUCCUCCCGAUACCCCUUAAUUGAUGCCUUUUUAGAAUUUUCCAAAUUGGUAAGCUUUUGAUGCAACUGUAUUCCUUCUCAGAACAGUUGGCUAGAAUUUGCUUAGGGCACCAGGAGGCAAAAUGGUGCUAAAAUGCACGUUUUGGGGUUCUUUAAAUAGGGUUUUUUAAAUAGGUGAUUUCAUCUUCUUGUUCCUGUAUCAUCCCCCAUGUAAAAGAUUUGUGUGUGUUCUAGGGAUAUUUAUUUGAAAGGCGCUUGCUAUUUUCAGAAUGACUUUUUAAGAUUCUUGCGUACCUGUUCAGAGCUGGGCAGUAUUGAGCAAAGACAUUUGAAAUUUGUUUCAGAUACAAUUUGAAUUGUAUCUGAAAUGCAUAGAAAAUAUAUUGGGCUUUGGUAGAGAAAUUACCUUCCCCCCACCCCCCACCCACUGUGUAUGCUAUUCCAUUCCAUGGAAAUGCAAGAAAUAACCUUCUUGAUGAUGGAAACAAAGCCUACAAGCCACCAUAGGUCCAGUGGAGUUUUAAAAUAGAUCUUUAGGCCUCUUUGCUCAUUAAGCACACGGUGCUGUGUUUUGUGAGUAAACUCUCUUGCAUAUUGUGUGGCUUCAAAUGAUCCAUCAGAACUCCAGUUCCCAGGAACUGUGUUCCCGGUGGCCGUCUCGUGCGGAUUGGCCCAAGUCCGGUUCACGAGCUGGACUGGCAACAUCCGUUUGACAUUUGUAACCUACAUUUCAAGGUGGGCAGAGAAUGUUGGGUGAAUGUUGGCUGUCUGGCUUGGGAAUUGAACUUUGGUGAGCUCAUUCCUCCCUGGGAGUGGAUGCUCCUCAGGAACUGGACUUGUGGCAGAUCGUGUGAAGCUGCCCACCAUAUCAGUUCUUCUCCCACAACUUUUUCCCAGCGUGAGGAAGCUAGGCAAACCCUAUACCCUCAUUAGUCAAGAGAGCACCCCCCUUAUACCAAUUAGUAUUCAGUCUGCCUAGCUGAAAUGAUGGUAUGGUCACAGCCAAGAAGAUAUCGUCCCCAAUUUAUUCCUUCAACAAAGCAGUGGAGUCUGUGAUAACCACUGCCAUCAUCCACUGAAUACUGGAGGAAGCUAUUUCUGAGACAACCAUUCAGUCAAUACAACAUAUUUAUGGCCAUCUUCACCUGUGGCAAGGUUCUGUUCAUACACUGCUAGUAUUCAUUGGCUCAAAAUCUGAGAUCUUGGUACAUUUUUAUAAUAGUGUAAUGUCCACGUUUCUGUAGAUUUACGUUUAUCAGGGUAUAUAAAUUCCUCGGAACUGGUAAUUUUAAAAAGAACAAAACUAAAAUGAAUAAGGGCAUAUUUAAAGGGUCAAACUCUUAACUUAACCCAACAACAGUUAAAAUGGCAUCCCAAUGUUACUGGGGAGGGCGGUGCAGGAUUGAAUGUAUUUAGUACUUUAUUUUGGAAAUAUGAUUUCUGCUCAUGUCUUUGUAUUUUGUAUUUGAAAUGCUUCUCAGUUAAAAAGUUUUAUUUUGUAUUUGAGAUAUAGUUUAGUGGAGUGUGGGUUUUUUUGUUUUGUUUUUUAAAUUUGGUCGUCUCAAAAUAAUGUAUUCUUGCCCAGCUCUGACUAUUCUCAUUUUGAAUUAAUUCCUAUCUGCUUUUCCCAUUCAAAAGCUGCAGAAUGUGAACAUAACUCAUUUUGCCAGGAUAUUUCCAACUCCUCAAAAAUGAUAUUUUCCUGUCUCUGUCCCCCCCGACUCCACACCUUAUUUUGCUGAAUCACAGGAUUUACUAUGUUGACAUUGAAUGAUUCUGACACUUCACAACUUGACAGUAUAUAAAACAGGGAGGUGGGUGAGACUAUUGCAUUGAGUCCUCCAUUUUGUUAAUGAAACCGGUUUUGGAAAAUAAACUUUGGCACAAAGUG